AUGGCUCUGAAGAAACUCCUUGCUGUUUCCGCCACCAUGGCUGUGGCGGUCUUAGGUGCCGCUCUUCAAGCCGCCGAUGAAUGCGAUUCAGGCGAGCCGAGCGCUGAACUGGUCGCCGCCGCGGUCCAGAUGGCCGCCAACGACAAGGUCGCCGCGGCCUUUGCGUCCACGGAGAAGCGUGCCGACGUCGACGUCCCGACCUACGUCCACGUCAUCUCCUCCUCCAACUCCGAGUCUGAUGGCAACAUUUCUGACGACAAGGUGCGCGCCGGCAUCGACGUGAUGAACACCAACUACGCCGGCUCCGGCUUCAAGUUCACCCUCAAGGACAUCGACCACACCAUCAACGCCGACUGGACGACCACGGAGAAGAAGGCGAUGAAGGACAAGCUGCACAAGGGCGACUUCAAGACCCUCAACCUCUACCUGCUGCCCAGUUUCAUCCGGAGCGAGGACGACAAGACGUCGCUUAACGGCCGGUGCACCUUCCCGGACUCGAACUCCGCGAGCGCCCCGAAGCCGGACGGGUGCAUCGUCCGGACCAAGGCCUGGGACAACAAGCAGACGACCACGCACGAGGUCGGCCACUGGCUCGGCCUCUUCCACACCUUCCAGGGCGAGACGAGCAGCAAGUCGUGCGACGCGAACAACGACUACGUCGACGACACGCCGGCCAUGAAGAAGGAUAGCAAGGACUGCAGCGGCGACGCCGACACGUGCCCGUCGGCCGGCAAGGACCCGGUCACCAACUUCAUGAGCUACGCGGCCUGCCGCACCAAGUUCACCUCGGGCCAGUUUACCCGCAUGAAGACCAUGUAUAACAAGUACCGCGCGUAA